GCCGUACCAAACACCGAGACAGACGUCGAGCGCGUGGUGCGGCGCGCCGGUGCAACAGAUUGCGCUUUCUGGGCAGGCGCACUGAGCUGUCGGGUUGCGGCCGGCUUUCGGUUCGUCGACGCGGAGGGAGACACGCUGGGCGUCGACUGGUCGGUGCGCGGGAACGUAGACGGCGGCGAGAGCAUGGUGUUCCUGCGGACUCCGCCUGCGGUGGGUAUCAUAGGCAUACUCUUGCUCUUCUUGUUCGCGUCGGACGGCAUGGGCGCCGUGUUGGGCGCCGUGUUGGGCGAACGUGAGGUGUUGCUUGGACUCCUGGCGGGCACGACGGUCGUCACACCGCUUGCGUUGGACGCAUUGGAGUACGCGCGUGGCUUGGUGAGGCUUUUAGCUGUUGUCCGCGUGUAUCGAGUCGGGGUCUCGGAUGGUGCCGCGCUACGGGGAGGCAUGAAGCUCGCCGUCUGAGACGGUGAGCGCAACAGUUGAGUUGGUAAGCGCGCUUAAAUCUGGUUUCCUACGUUGGGGAGAAGC